CGCAGGCGGAUAUGACCCUUUCCUCAGCUGCCGCCAAGGUGCUCGGUUCUUCCGAGGAAGCUAAGGCCGCGUUGGGGUGAGGCCCUCACUUCAUCCGGCGACUAGCACCGUGCCAGCAGUCCACAACAUGGCUUCUGUCUCCGAGCUCGCCUGCAUCUACUCCGCCCUCAUCCUGCACGAUGACGAGGUGACGGUCACGGAGGAUAAGAUCAAUGCCCUCAUUAAAGCAGCUGGUGUCAGUGUUGAACCUUUCUGGCCUGGCUUGUUUGCAAAGGCUCUGGCCAAUGUCAACAUUGGGAGCCUCAUAUGCAAUGUAGGUGCUGGUGGGCCUGCUCCGGCAGCUGGAGCUGCACCUGCUGGUGGGCCUGCUCCAUCCACCGCUGCUGCCCCAGCUGAGGAGAAGAAAGUGGAAGCAAAGAAAGAAGAAUCCGAGGAGUCAGAGGAUGACAUGGGCUUUGGUCUUUUUGACUAAACUGCUUUUGUUGACAUGUCCAAUAAAGAGCUGAACCUGUAGGUGGGCUGGUCUCA